AUGGCUCCAUCAUCGAUACACGUUGUAUUUCCGUUCAUCACACUGGCUGGACUCUAUGCGGUCUCAAAUCUCAUGAUCAACUCUGGCCACGCUCAGUUAUUCACCGAUAGGCGAGCAUCGGCAACACCCUUACUCCCAGACAACAAAACACCCCUCCUGACAGUCUAUACCGGGGUCCCGCCCCUGGACUCGUAUCUCGCCAACCUGCAGUUCAGCAUCAUCCCUACAGUCGAUGGCUCGUCCCAGGCUUUGGCUCUGCUAGGGUGGCACUGGAUGGGGCUUCUCAUAGCCGUUUUCACUGUCAUGCUAGUCGAGAGCUUACGAACGCGACGCGCAAGGGACCUGAUUCCUUUCGCGCUCUGGGGUCUUGCCAUACAGUAUGCAGGGUACUUCAUCAUCAUGCCCAUAUACUGUUAUGUAUCCCUGCUCUCUCAGUCACCUAGGAAGCAUUCAAGACUACCGACCAUGGCUGCCAUUAAAGCUAUCCCGGCAUCAGUGCUAAUUGGGCUUGUAAUCCCAUCGGCGAUUAUGUGUCUGCCAAGCAACCAUCUCUCUGGCCAGUCACGACAGGUCGCUGUAGCUGUCUGGCAGAACUUCCCAGCGUGGAUGGCCUUAGUCCAGGUGAUUGCCGUGUCUUUGGUGGGAGCCAUCCCGGCACGAAAAUCGGAAGAACGCACUACCGAGGACGGCGAAUUCAGCCGUAACAUGUCAGCUCUUCGAAGAUUGUACAAAGCUACCGCCGUAGUCUCCGCUUUGAUCCAUGUCUUGGGUCUCGUACCCAUUGUAUCCGCUGCCAUUGGCAAGCUGGAGCCUACACAAGAUUCGCCACAUGCGCAGCUGCGACCUGCCGACUUUUUCCUGCCGCAGAAGUGGGAUACUGAGACCCAGUCAACGGCCGACGGAGGUCGUCUCCGUCUCGGCACGGGUCGUGUUCGUCUGAACCACGAGCUCGGUGUGGGGUUACGACAUCUGGAACAGGACCAAGACCUCCAGAAGCUCAUUCGCCAAGCUGUCAGCGUGGGAUCCUUCGCCCUUCUCUAG